CAGGCCCCGCGCUGCGGCUCGGGGGCGGGACUUCCGGCGGACCCACGACUUCCGCAGCCGCCGGAAGCGUGUGUCGCCUGGCGACGGGACGGCUCGCGGCGGCCCGAAGGACCAACCCUCGCGCGAAGCCCGCCCCCAGCAGGAGGAUGGGACUUGAGCACUCUUGACUCCCAGCACUCAUAUUGUGGAGGCAGGCAGAAGCCAUGGACAUAGAUGCAGAAAGAGAGAAAAUAACAAAGGAAAUCAAGGAGCUGGAGAGGAUUUUGGAUCCCAGUUCUUCCAGCAUCCCCCUGGGAGUCUGUGAAUCAAGUCUCUAUUCCUCAGACUCUGAAGCAGAUUCGCUGCCCAAUGAAGACUCGGACACCACUGGCACUCCACCCUUGGAAGGGGAAAGGUGGGGCGAGGCCAGCAAUGAGGAGGAGGACCCCAAGGAUAAAACCCUUCCCGAAGACCCUGAGACCUGUCUGCAGCUCAAUAUGGUCUACCAGGAGGUCAUCCGUGAGAAGCUGGCAGAGGUCAGCCAGUUGCUGGCCCAGAACCGAGAGCAGCAGGAAGAAAUUCUAUGGGAUUUGGCCGGGUCCAAAGGCCCCAAGGUGAAGGAAGGCAGGAGCCUGCCGCCCAACAUGUACAUAGGCCACUUCAUGAAGCCAUACUUCAAGGACAAAGUCACUGGAGUGGGCCCCCCUGCCAAUGAAGACACUCGCGAGAAGGCCGCCCAAGGAAUCAAGGCCUUCGAGGCGCUCCUGGUGACCAAGUGGAAGCACUGGGAGAAAGCCCUGCUCAGGAAGUCCGUGGUGAGUGACCGUCUGCAGCGCCUGCUCCAGCCCAAGUUGCUAAAGCUCGAGUACUUACGCCAGAAGCAGAGCCGUGUGUCCAGUGAGCCGGAGACACAGGCCCUGGAGAAGCAAGUGAGGGAGGCGGAGAAGGAGAUCCAGGAUAUCAACCAGCUCCCGGAAGAAGCCUUGCUGGGAAACAGGCUGGACAGCCACGACUGGGAGAAGAUUUCCAACGUCAAUUUCGAAGGAGGCCGCAGUGCAGAGGAGAUCCGGAAGUUCUGGCAGAGCUCUGAGCACCCGAGCAUCAACAAGCAGGACUGGAGCGGGGAGGAGGUGGAGCGGCUGAGGGCCAUCGCGGCCAAGCAUGGCCACCUGGAAUGGCAGCUGGUCGCAGAGGAGCUGGGGACCAGCCGCAGCGCCUUCCAGUGCCUGCAGAAGUUCCAGCAGCACAACCCAGCGCUGAAACGCAGGGAGUGGACCGAGGAGGAGGACCGCAUGCUCACCCAGCUGGUCCAGGAGAUGCGCGUUGGGGGCCACGUCCCGUACCGUAGAAUUGUCUACUACAUGGAAGGGAGAGACUCCGUGCAGCUCAUCUACCGCUGGACCAAGAGCUUGGAUCCCAACCUGAAGAAGGGGUUCUGGGCCCCCGAGGAAGAUGCCAAGCUGCUUCAAGCCGUCGCCAAGUAUGGGGAGCAGGACUGGUUUAAAAUCCGUGAAGAGGUGCCAGGCAGGAGCGACGCGCAGUGCCGGGACCGCUAUCUCAGAAGAUUACAUUUCAGCUUGAAGAAGGGACGAUGGGAUGCAAAAGAAGAGGAACAGUUAAUUGAAUUAAUAGAGAAAUAUGGUGUUGGUCACUGGGCGAAAAUUGCUUCUGAACUCCCCCAUCGAUCAGGUUCCCAGUGUCUGAGCAAGUGGAAAAUCAUGGUUGGGAGGAAGCGGAGUCUCCGCAGGCGGCGGCGGAGGCCCCGUCGCAGGGCCCGCUGGAGCUCCAGCAGCAGCAGUGGCGGCGGCAGUGAGGACAGCGCUGACAGCAGCACCAGCAGCAGCAGCAGCAGCAGCAGCAGCAGCAGCAGCGAGAGCUCGGAGGCGGAGCUGGAAGAGUCCCAGGGGCGGGGCGGGGCGCUGUUGCCCCCACAGUACACAGUACCAGACAUUGACCUGUGGGUUCCUGCAAGGCCACGUGCCAGCCAGCCACACAGAGAAGGUGCCGCCGCCCCUGCCGCCGCCGUCUCCGAGGGCUCUGAUGCCGCCCCCGCUCGCCCCCAGGACGUCCCCACCGCUGCUCCUGCCGGGGAGCCGUCUUCCAGGGUACACGGCACCAUCCUGAGAGGCACCCAGGACCCACACCCACCAGACACUCGCCCCGCAAGCGCGGAGGAGCCGGCCUGCAAGCAGGAAAGACAGAGGCAGCCAGCCCUGCCCGCCUCGCCCCCAGGGCCUGGCCCUGGAGACCGCAUGGACGCGUCGCACCUCAAGAGGCUGUGGCAGCAGCGCCGGAGACACGCGCUACGCCAGAGGCUCCUGGAGCGCAAGCUUCUGCUGGCUGUGACGCCCUGGGUGGGUGACAACGCCCUGCCCUGCACACAGGCUUCCCGGAGGGCCGGGGCCGUGCAGACUCACGCCGAUGGCAUCAGGAUGAAGUUGGAGCAUGCGCGCCUAGCCAGCACCCCGGUGUUCACGCUGUUUAUCCAGCUGCUACAGAUCGACACUGCAGGCUGCAUGGAGGUGGUUCGAGAGAGGAAGGCCCGGCCUCUUCCAGCACGCCAGCCCGGAGCCCCAGCUCCACUGCAGGAGCCCUCCAGUGUCCAGAGCACCCCAGGCCGCCUCUUGCCAGCCGUGCCACCUCAGAGCACUGCACAGAACACCAGCCACGUGGGGCACGCGGGGCUGGGGUCCCGCCGCCCCGAGCCUGCCGCGUCCCCCGUGCCCGCGCCCGCCCCCUGGGGCCCCCGGCCCAAGCCCAAGACAGUGUCUGAGCUGCUACGAGAGAAGCGGCUCCGGGAGUCCCGGGCCAGGAAGGCCGCCCAGGGCCCCGUGGUGCUCCAGCCCCAGCUGCUGGUUUCCUCGCCCGUGGUCCUGCAGCCCCCUCUGCCAGCAGCCGCCCAGGGGCCCCCGGCCACGUGCCUGACCAUCGCAAACCCGGCGCUGUCUGGGCCUGGGACCCCUCUGGUGGCCAGUGCGAGCCCUUCUGGCUCCUGGCAGGAGGCUGGGGCUUCAGCCAAGGGUGAGAGGCCUGCUAGCCUUCCGGCCGGGUCCCUUGCCCCUGCCCUCCCAGGAGCCCAGGGCACAGCCCCUGCUGCCUGCAGCCCGCCUGCCCCGGGCCCCAGUCCAGGCCCUGUGAGCGGUCCUCCAGGCAAUCCGGGCCCGCCCCGGGCCCCUGCCGCAUCCCAGGAGCAGAGCCUGCCCAGAGUCCUGCCUCUCUUCCCCGCCGUCCCUAGCCCUGCUCCGCCCCUCAGCCUGCCGCCCCAGGGUGGAGCUCCCCUGCCCGCCAGCCUGCCCCUGCCAGUCACCUGGGUGCUCACAGCACGGCUGCUCCCUGUGCCCGUGCCAGCCGUGAUCGGCGUUUCCAGGCCAGCGGCCACCCCCGACCCUGCAGGGCUGCCGGCCACACUGCCGCCGCCUCCUGCAGAAACCCCGUCCCCGUCCCCGGCCAGUGCCGACACGGAGCCAGCCACGUCCUCUGGAACACUCCCCCCGGCGGGCCCCCCAUCCCAGGGCCCAGCCACAGAACGCGAUCCUCGCCCAGCCCCCGGAGUGGCCCAGGUGGCCCGCGAGGCGUCAGUGUCCAGAGCAAGCGCUCCGGCUGGCCACACGGGAGCAGAGCCCCCCAGGCCGAGCCCCCCGCCGGCCCAUAGCGCCCCCGGCUGCAGGCGAGAGCCGGGGGGGACACCAGGGAAAGCCUCGGGGUCCCUGGAGCUCAGAGGGCCUCCGAGCCCGGAGAGGCCCGAGAAGGGCGCCCUGGACCUGGGCCUGCUCUCUCAGGAGAGUGAGGCUGCCGCGCGGAAGUGGCUGAGGGGCCCGCGAGGGGCCCGCGUGCCCCAGCUGGAGAGCAGGCUGCCCUACCAGCCCCCCGCCCUGUGCAACCUGCGCGUGCUGGCCAGCCUGCUGCUCCAAAAGAAGGCCCUGGAGCGCAGGGCCGCCUCCCUGCUGACCCGGGGGCCGGCGCGGGCCGGAGCCGAGCCCGAAGCCGGAGCCGUGCAGGCCUCCCUGGGCCUGGUGCGGAGGCGGCUCCAGGACAACCCAGCCUACCUCCUGCUGAAGACGCGGUUCCUGGCGGCCCUGGCUCUCCCCGCGCUGCUGGCCACCCUGCCUCCCCGCGGCGUUCCCACCACCCUGUCGCUGGCCACAGGGGUGGACCUGGAGAGUGACGAGGACCCAGGGCAGCUGGAGGGCGAGGACGCGGCCGGGAGCCCCGCCCAGGGGUCCCCAAACCCUGGCAAGGCCUCCGCCCCUUCCCAGCCGGAUGCGUCUGAUGACCUCGAUGUGCUCAGGACGCGUCGCGCCCGUCAUGUCCGGAAGCGGAGGCGGUUGCUCUGAGCCGCAGGACGAGGACUCUCAGCCCGAAGCCCAGGGCCCACGCCUGCCCAGGGCCCGUCGCAGCGCGGGAAGAAGCGGCCGGAGCCCGGGAAGCUGAUGGCCCGCCCGCAGUCCGAAAUGGGAGCGAGACCCCAGCGAGCAAGA